AUGGCGCAAACCUGGCGAAUACUGGUGGCGCUUCUAGCGGCCAGCGUGGCACUAAAAUCCGAAGCAGUAUCGCCCGAACCGUGGCGGAGCACGCCGGCCUCAGCAGAGGGAUUGGAGUGGGCCGUGUCUACAGCGGAGUCGCCGGUGCCCGCACCGCAGCCCGUCCUCGGCCCCGACGCCGCCGCACUCUUCGCGCAAGACUUUUUCUACGCGCAGCGGCUGCAGGUGGUGGCGCUGUGCGCGUGUUCGAAAGAGGGAAGUCGCUCGUCGCGCCGAGGUCCGCUUCAACCGUGCAAUGCUCGGCUUCAUGCAGGAUCUCUUCAACUUCACGUGCACGACUCUGAGUGGGUGUCGUGGCGCGUGGUGGCGCUGGUGUGCUUCCUGCUGGCCAUCCUGCUCAACACCUACUACUCCGCGUCCAUGGUGACGGCGCUGCUGCUGCCGCCGCCGCGCACCGUGCACGGCCUGGACGACCCGGCGGCGGCGGCGACACGUCGCUCGCACGUGCACCACGCGCCCGCGCGGGCGGCGGCGGUGGCGGUGGCGGCGGUAGAACCCGUCGUCCAGCAGCUGCCGCCUUCGGGCCGCCCGCGGCCGCCGCCGUCACCGCCGCGGGACGCCGCUGCCCAACGCCCGCGCCGAAGACGGCCCAGCGGCGCCGCCAAGCAGAAGCUCUUUUUCUUGGCCUGA